GUUAUGGUAAAUUGAGUAGAGUAUUUUAUUGGUUUAUUGAAGGUUCAAGGGCCAAAGCCCGACACAGAGUAUCACCAAUAGGAAGUCGAUAAAUGCUUCAGAAUGCCGCCCCCCCCGAAGGAUUACAUGUCCGCUGCGUGAUCAGAGCUUAUUCAUCAAUCAGGUUUUGGACAGAAACGAUCCAGUAAGGUUUAAAACAAGAGCACGGUCUCUAUGCUUAGGCCUCUUAUAAAUUCCCUGCAUCACAAAGAUGAAAUCGUAUUCAAGGCCAAAAACCAGACCGAAGAGAAACACGGUAACAGGCGAGCGGUCGUUAAGUGCCGGGCAGGGAGUCAAUGCAGGUGCCAGGGAUGCUACGGAACGAAUUAAAGAGACCCGGACUUCACCGCAGAGGAAUUUUCCGGAGGUUUCCGCACUGUCCGCUCACUUGUCACUGACCUCCGGUCUGGCUCGGCGUAGCUGUCCUUUCCUGUCUCUUGCCCUACGCUCCCACGGUGCACCGCAGGGAUUCUUCGCUGCGCUCCUUCGCAGGCGCAGCUCUCUCCACCUCCGAUCUCCGAAUCACAUACCGUUUCCUUCGGUGCGGUUCUGCCCUGGAGCUGUUGCAUGUGCCACUCCUUAGUGUGUCCUGUCUCUCUUUCUCCCUCGUACUACUCUUUCCUCCCCCUGUCGCUCAGGAUUUUCCUGCAUUUCUUUCUCGGAGGUGCUCUGUGUGUGUGUGUGUGCCGCGCUUUGCCGCAGUCAAGACUGGCGUGCGCGUACCCCCGACGCCAGCACAUGCAGGGCUCCUUAAAGGGCCAGCAGCGUGCGCACGGACCGCAGCGCCUUGCUUUGUCUCGAGAGCCGACGUGCCGAGAAUUGGCGGGUCCUUCUGCCGGGGACCGCCGGGGACCGUCCGCUGUGUUCGUAAUUGUUUUGCCCGGGAGCGGGAAGCGACACACCGCGUGCUGGUCCAGGGACUCCCAACAUGGCCACGGCCGUGCAGGACUUCCAGAGGUCUGAGCUGGACAGGCUGAAUGAGGUGAAGGGCCACCUGGAGAUUGCCUUGCUGGAGAAGCACUUCCUGCAGGAAGAGCUGAGAAAACUCAGAGAGGAAACCAACAUUGAGAAUUUAAAACAAGAGCUGGAAAAGGAACGGCAAAAAAGAGCGGAUCUGGAGCACAAACUGAACGAAGUGGUCAAAAGCAGGCUGGAGGACUCUCCACCGCAGCCCCCUCCAAAGGCUCAGUCCCCUGCUGUCAAUGGGACAGCAGACAGACAGCAGGAGACCCUGUUCUCGCGUCUGCAGAAGUGGUUGAAUGACCGGUUCGGCGUCUACAUCGAGGACUUCCGCUUCCAGCCUGAGGAGAACACGGUGGAAGCUGAAGAGCCACUAAGUGCGAAAAGGUUAACGGAAAACAUGAGACGACUUAAACGAGGCGCCAAACCCGUCACUAACUUCCUGAGGAACCUCUCCGCCUUAUCCAACUGGCACUCCGUGUACACGUCGGCUAUUGCCUUCAUCAUCUACAUGAAUGCAGCGUGGUACGGCUGGGCCGUUCCCAUGUUUCUCUUCUUAGCCAUCCUGAGGUUGUCCUUGAAUUACCUCAUCGCCAGGGGCUGGAGGAUACAAUGGAGUAUCGUGCCUGAGGUCUCGGAGCCUGUGGAACCUCCCAAGGAGGACCUGACCGUCUCCGAGAAGUUCCAGCUAGUGCUGGACGUUGCGCAGAAAGCGCAGAACCUCUUCGGCAAGAUGGCUGACGUCUUGGAGAAGAUAAAGAACCUCUUCAUGUGGGUACAGCCGGAGAUCACGCAGAAGCUGUACAUCGCCCUGUGGGUGGCCUUUAUCUCCUCCUGUGUUCUGCCCUACAAGCUCAUGGGCUUCAUCAUUGGGGUGUAUGCUGGCAUCAAGUUCUUCAUCAUCGACUUCCUGUUCAAGAGCUGCCCCAAACUGCGGGACAAGUACGACACCCCUUACAUCAUAUGGACCAGCCUGCCCACGGACCCGCAGCUCAAAGAGCGGACCAACGUCACCACGUCCCGGCGGGUCCAGCCCGUGGUGUCUCGCAGCAGCCUGGCGACCAGCGUCCCGUGCGGUGUCACCCGCGAGGAAGAGAGCGGGCGACCGCACAGCACCAAGAAGGGGCCCUUCCACGAGGUCUUCAACCUGUCUGAGAAUGAGCGCCCCCUAGCAGUGUGUGAGAGCGGAUGGAGAUGCUGUUUGAUCAACCGGGACCGUAAGAUGCCCACCGACUACAUCCGGAACGGUGUGCUUUACGUUACGGAGAACUACUUGUGCUUUGAAAGCUCCAGCUCCAGGUCUGGUUCCUCAAAGAAGAAUAAAGUCAUCAAGCUGUGUGACAUCACAGAUAUACAAAAGUACAAAGUUCUGUCAGUGCUGCCGGGCUCUGGAAUGGGCAUCUCAAUCGCCACACCUGCAACACAGAAGCCGCUGGUGUUUGGUGCCAUGAUUCACCGGGAUGAGGCUUUCGAGGCCAUCUUCACGCAGUACAUGAAGACAGUGACGGCCAACAAUCCUGAGAGCUAGUGCCUGGCGAGGGAGCACUUGUCCUUCGAGGGACGAUACUGAGGGUGGGCUGCGGAGGACGGUGUGCCUCGCACCUCCGAAUGAGCUCUGUUCUCCAAACCCAGAGAUGGAACAAGCCUUUGGUCCUCGCUCACUCAUCUUAGUCACUUAGCACAUGCUUCUCCACUGUGGUUGUUGUGGGAAACAGGAGGGGCCUCUGCCCCCCGGCCCCCACCCCUACUCUGGUUUCUGGCCUGGGAGAUGCGGUGUGCUGGCAGUGUGUGAGGGGGGCAGUUGUACUUACAGCCUGUGUGUUUUGUGGCUGCCCGUGGAUGUGUGUGUGUGUGUGUGUGUGUGUUCCUCCUUCCUCGAUUUGGCAUCUUCAUCACCGCAAGCCGAGGGUACGUCGCACUUUUGCAAUGCCGAGAGCCACGGGGAUGAAAGCACACGGAGACCUUUGUCCAUUCCUUUACAUUGUCCUGCGCGCAGACGACUCUCAGCGAAUGCUGCGUUUCGGCGGCUCUGUUUCCGGCCUCUUCUACAGCGUUCGUUGGUGGCCGGAGGUUAACGGAUUUGUCUACCGCACGUUGUGGGUCGCGUGGCAGCAGUCAGCGUUUUAAACAGUGGGCGUUUUAAAUAGCGGACCUUUUGUGGUGAGAUGAUUGUUAUUUAUUUCAGUUGUUUUUCUAAUAGUGUGUGAUUGAGCGAUCGGAGGCUGACGAAUGUGUCCAUGAAAUAAGCACACUGGGGUGUUAAAGUGGAGGGAAACGUUUAGUUUUAAACGAAACUUGUUUUAUUACACACACUACUGGGUUAAGUGUACCUCCAUAUAACCGUGUCAUUAAAGACCACCAUCCUUAUGCGAGCUGGUCAGUCUUCCUUGGUUUUGACACCCAGUGUCAGUUGUCCACAUGUGCCUAGCAAUGUGCUUACAGUGUAGCCACAUGGCUGUCAGUUGUGGGAUGCCCUGCCACCCAGUGGUGAGUUGUGUGUACUACACCUGCACUGGCAUGCAGUGUUUCCCAGCUGCUGAAAAUGAUCUUGGUUUGGAAAAAAUAAACUAAGCAACAAAGUAGUAAUAGAAACAGCAGCAGAGAGGAAAAUGUGUUUUGUCUUAAGUUAUGAACGACAUUUAAAAAUAAUCGUCCCAGUUUACACUGGAGUGAUAAUUUCCCCUUUUUCUCCUGGCUACUUGUAAAAAAAAAAUGAAGUGAAUAUUUUUAGGGCGUUUUUCUGUCAUCUCAGUGCAGGUUUCAUUGAAUGUAGAACCUUUAUGAAUAAAAGCUGGACUUUUUUUCGAGGAAGGUUUGGUUUCCACAGAUUUGAUGCCAAAUAUUUUCGGGAUGUGCUGUGAUCGUUAAAGCGAAGGCAAUCAGGAGUAUGCGGCGCAUGUUCUUCCCGGGUGUUCGUGGUGUGCUGUGUCGCCCUGGUCACCCACCGGGCUACACCGGUCGCUGGAGGGGUCCCAGGGGGGCUGUGUCACACUUUGCUAUUCAUUCCUGCCAGUUUCAGCUGUGGGCUUUCCCACCAUCUCAGCCCUGUCCUCUUCCUGGUGGCCCAGUGGGGGUUACGACGCUAGAGUGCAAUUACUGAGAGGGAAAAGGUCAACAACUAUCAGGAGCAGAGAGUUCAGUGUCUGACGUUGGUGUGUUUAACUCCUCUUUGUCCCCAGUUGACCUUCCUUCCUUAGCUACACCCCAAAAAGCAAGAGUGUCCUCGUGAUGCCUCCAUCACACAUGAUUCCUUUUCUUCCACAUGCUUUUCCUUGGAGACCACGGUGGACCCAAGUGACCGUGUGCAGUGUGGCCCAUAAGGAUGGCUCCUUCAGCAAAUGCACAGCCUUUCAGUCGCUGAUGCAUGCUGGUAUUCUACAUGUCGCGCGAAUGAUCAUGUUGAGGAGGCGCAGAACACGUAGGUUGAUGAUGAUGUUAUUUUGCCAAAGUUUUGGUCUUUAUGUGACUUCUGCUUUCCUGAAGUGUUGAUGGAGGCCAGGCAGCGUCUGGGGGAGGGGUUGGACGGUCAGAAUCCUGGUUUUUCUGAACUGGGGACAUGAAGACCACAUGGAAAGCUGUGAACACUAGUGGAGAAGGUCACCAAGGUGACAGGUCUGAGUAGUUAAGGGGCAGUCCUAGUAGUCCUUUCCAGCCCCCUCAGGUGAUGGGGUAUAUUAGUUGAAUUUGGUCAGAUAAAUUGAAUACAGUUAAAAAAAAUUCAGUGAAAAUUUAAUUGUCAUUAAUGAACUCCACAGAUUAACACAUACAUUACUCUUCCAGAAUUUGUUGGUCCCGAUGUGUUGAUUGUCCCACUCUGUUGAUUUCCUCGCAAUGUCUCAAUAGUUGACACACUUGUCUCAGGCUGGUUUCUGAUGCUUCCAGAGGCUCAGAGUGAAGGUUUGGGUAAGUGGAUCGUGCACCAGAGAAACGGGCUUAUAAGUGACGCGCCCAAAGCCGACCAAAGCAUCCUUCCUGUCUUUGCUGUCAUUGCGUGGGGAUGCUGUGCUGCCCUCUGACCUGACGUGAGAAGAGAUUGCCUUUACCCGUCUUACUGCGGUGUUGCGCUGCCAGUAGGGCUCCGCUGUAUCUUCUCAUUAGGACCAAACAGGCUGAGCUGUAGCUCGCAAAGAACGCUCAUAGCCAGUCAGGGAGAUGCUCCCAGAACGCUGCUGUAUUAUACUGUGGCUCUUGGUGUUAAAUGGAGUAUUCGCUCAAACUGUGUGUAACCGUUUGCUAACUCUGUACCAUGUUUCAAAUCCAUAUGUGUGUAACUACGGCGAAGCAUUUCCGAGGUCAUCCGAAAAAGUUGUGAUCAUUUAUUUGGAAGCUGUGUCACCGG